AUGAAAAUGAGUGUGACCCUUACUGUCCUUUCAGAUGUUCUGGCCCUGUUUGUACACACUACACUCAGGGGAAACUGGUGGGGCCACGCACCUUACAAACAUGGAAGGCCUUGUUCUGCUUGCCCACCCAGUUUUGGAGGAGGCUGUAGAGAAAACUUGUGCUACAAAGAAGGGUCAGACAGGUAUUAUACCCCUCGAGAAGAAGAAACAAAUGAAAUUGAACGGCAGCAGUCUCAGGUCCAUGACACCCAUGUUCGAACAAGAUCAGAUGACAGUGACAGAAAUGACGUCAUCAGCACUCAGCAGAUGUCUCAGAUUGUUUCUUGUGAAGUAAGAUUGAGAGACCAGUGUAAAGGGACCACCUGCAACAGGUAUGAGUGCCCUGCAGGCUGCUUGGACAGUAAAGCUAAAGUAAUUGGGAGUGUACAUUAUGAAAUGCAAUCCAGUAUCUGCCGAGCUGCCAUCCACUAUGGGAUAAUAGACAAUGAAGGUGGGUGGGUAGAUGUCACUCGACAAGGGAGAAAGCAUUACUUCAUCAAAUCCAACAGAAAUGGCAUUCAAACAAUUGGAAAAUAUCAUUCUGCUAAUUCCUUCACAGUCUCCAAAGUUACAGUUCAAGCUGUGACCUGUGAAACUACAGUGGAACAGCUCUGUCCAUUCCAUAAGCCUGCUUCUCAUUGCCCCAGAGUGUACUGUCCUCGAAACUGUAUGCAGUCAAAUCCACAUUAUGCUCGUGUAAUCGGGACCAGAAUUUAUUCUGAUCUGUCUAGUAUCUGCAGAGCAGCGGUGCAUGCUGGGGUGGUUCGAAAUCAUGGUGGUUAUGUGGAUGUCAUGCCUGUGGAUAAAAGAAAGAUGUACACUGCUUCUUUUCAGAAUGGAAUAUUCUCAGAAAGUUUACAGAACCCUACAGGAGGAAAGGCAUUCCGUGUAUUCGCUGUUGUUUGACCGGGAACACUUGGAAGGGUAACAGAAAGCCUGCUCCAAAUGCCACAUUUCUGAUGUCUGUAUACAACUGUAACAUUGCUGUACAGAAGAGAAAACGUAUUGCCAGCCCACCAUGAGACUACAAAUGCGGGCCACUCUUGAUAGACAAAGUCUAUAAAAUAAAAUAUUAGCUUUGGGGAAAUUAAUGAACAUUAAUGGUUUUAGAAAUCCUGUGUUAAAUAUUGCUAUAUUUUCUUAGCAGUUAUUUCUACAGUUAAUUACAUAGUCAUGAUGUUCUACAUUUCUUAUAUUAUAUGGUGCUUUGUAUAUGCCACUGAUGAAGUAUAUCUAAAGUGACUGUGAAUGGCCCUUAGAGAAUUAUCUGUGCAUUGAAAAGCAAUCAGCCUGAAAACUAAAUGAAACUUUUAAGUCACUUUUGUUUUUCAAACCAGUCCAGUAUUCAGUUCUGACCUAUUUUAAAUCUCUAUCUGCCUUACCCUUAGGACUGGGCAGUUUUUUCUCUUGUGUUAAGUUUCAUUGUGCAGAAUAUUAAGUCCUGAUGUGGCACUUGUUAUUUUGUAUUAAAAUAGUCUUUUAAUUUCCAAGUGAGAAUAUUUGGUUCCUUGGGAGGGGCCACACUGGCAUGUGGGGAAAGCCCAAGCAGUGUGAUGGAAUCAUGUAGUAACUAGAGGGGGAGAUGGCAGUCAGAGCUUGCUGACAGAGUUGUUAUUUGAACUGAGUUCACUUUUUUCAUCUUUUUUCAUUUGUAUCCUGGCAGGUACUUCUGCAGGCCAGGAAGUAUAAUUAAAGAGAGAGAGAGAGAGAGAGAGAGAGAGAGAGAGAGAGAGAGAGAGAGAGAGACUAACGAACUGGUGCAUUAUAUUAUUAUUACCACUGGUUUUCAUAAUGGUAAACAGCUUUAUGUAUAAACCUUUCAUUAGUGUGAUCCUAUGGUAGUGAUGCAUUUGUUUCUGUGAAAAUAUAUGUGCUUUGAUACUUAAAUUCUGUAAAAUGUUAGGGUAUUUUUUAUUCCUGCUGGUGAAUUUUUCCAUAAGAAUAUUAAAAGUAAUAAGUUUCAAAAAGAUUAUUUUUACUUUUACAUGCAUGGUUUGACUUGGAAUCAUUCUAAAAAAAAAAAAACAGAGUUGAUUUUAUUUAUCUAAAUUGACUUACUGACAUCAAUAUAAAUAAGUGGUUCCUAGUAGAAAUGCACAAUUUCUACCUAAUCAUGCAGAGAUUUGCUUUUUGGAAAAAUAGUCAUUUAUUUAGAAACAUUAUAACAAGAGAAAUGUUGAAUAAGAGGAGUGCUAUGAAUUUAAUAAAAAAGAAAUGAAGUAUCAGACAACAAGGUAAUGAUUAUAAUUAUGGAAGAGCUGAGUAGAAAAUAACUACUUCAAAUAUUUUUAUAUGAGUAGGGAUAUAGAAGCCAAUACAAUGGAGAUAAUUUGAAUGCAGGGAUCAGGGAAAGGAACUGGGUAAUACAAAAGAAAAAUGAAAAGCAGAGUGUCAGAAGUAAUUUCAGAAAAGUAGUUUAAGAAUAAGGCAAAAUUGCCUGGUCAUUUCUUGAGGAUUAGCAGACAGUUAAAUUGCUCAAAGGGAAAUCAAGAGUUUUAAAACAUAGUGUUCUAGAAUUAUUUUUUCCCAAAAUACACAUUAUCAAUUUUCUCCAUACUGGGUAUUUUCACUUUAUAGAGAACUAGAUUUCAUAGGACAUUUUAUACAAGUGUUUAAUCGUAACUUUCCUGCAUGUGUGUGCGUGGUUGCAUGUGUCUUUCAUCCUCUGUGUUCUGGGAACUCUUCUUCCUGGAGAAUUUCCAUCCCUUUUGCCAGGCUAAGGUUCUGUAGACUGCUCUCUAGUUCAGUUUAUAGAGACUGAGACAUUUUUGAGGGGGAAGAGAUGGAAGGGAGGGGAUUGAGGGUGGUUGGUAUAUACAGCGUAUGUGUGAAAAUAAAAGUGUAGUAUGAUGUGGUAAAAGACAAUAUUGGGCACGCAAUAUACCAUAUCUUAGUUUUUGUUAUUCUCAUUUUUAUUUUCAUUUUCCAUGAAAAAACUGUUCACCUCGCAUAUUAUAGUGCUUCUGUUGGUGAACAUAUUAAAAACUGAUCAUUUUCAAAAGAUGACUUUCUCUAUCCCUUAUUCAUCAUCCUUAGUUCGUCUAAGUUCAUUCUUUGAAGGAUGCCUCACCAAAUAUGAAAUCUUGCAGAAAUUUCCCUACAGUUCUUUUGAUAUGAAUUAAAUACUGUCUAUUAUAAAACCCUUUAAUUUGUCUAUAUUAUUAUAAAUUGUCUUCAUAUUAUGUACAGUUUUUAAAAGUCUAAUGUUUUUCUUUUUCUUGGCUGCCCAAGUGUCAGCUGUGGGGUCAGUUCUAUCAAAGCAGGGAUACUAUUCUUGUAAGGCUCAGGACACACUGUGCAAGAGGAAGUAGGAAGUAUUGAGCUGGAAGAUAGAGUACAGAGAUAGGAAACGGUUUUCCAGACUUCUCCAACCAAUGCAAUGGUCAGCUCAUGAAAAUUGUACUUACCUACAGGGGCCCACACAAAAAUGACUUAUCAAAAAUCAGUCGAGGAAGGAGACACCCACAUGAAUCUCCACAUCUCCCUCUUCUUAGCUAGGUUGCUGUUAAUGAAAGCAAAAGCAGCUUAAGAAGGAAAGGAUUUCUUUGGCUUAUGGGUUGUUGAAGAAAGCCAUUACAAGAACCUGAAGUAGAGACCAUUGAGGUGAGCUGAUUACUAGUAGCUAUUACCACACAUAACGAACUGGAUUCUCCCACAUCUAUUGUGCACUAAGAAAGUGUCCCACAGAAUUGUACGCAAGCAAAUUGAAUGAAGGUAAUUCCUCAACUGAGAUUCUCUUUUCCCAGGUGACUCAUGUUUGUAUCAAAUUUAAAACAAAUGAAGCAGCACAGCUCUGAGCCAGUGCACACAGGUGAAUUCUAAAAGAAAGGGACUCCCCUGCUUUUAGUUUUGUAUCUACUGCUGAGUCCACUAAGGUGUGGUAGCUGCAAACCAUUUGUUAUAUUAAUCUCAAUGGGUUGAGAAACAAGAUAAAUAGACUUGAACUUGGGAUUUUUUGAGGGAGACAAGAUGUAAAGGAGGGGAUUGAGAGCGGUUGGUAUAUACAGCUUAUGUGAGGAAAAAAAAAGUGUAAUUCAGAAUCUUUUUAAAAAGAAUGAACGAUAUGAGAAUGGUAGAUUCUGAGAAUGUAGGAUCUACCCGACCUAGGAAUCCAUUUUCUCUGCCACACAGUACAAUUAUAUGACUGAUUUUUAUUCAGAUCAAAAUUGCUUUGUAUAAGUGAAUGAAUGAACACUAGUGGUUGAAUGAACACAGUUGAAUGAACACUAGUGGUUCCUCAUUUUUUUUGUGAUGACAACAUAAUAGAAGCUACUAACGUGCCAGCUGCUCUGUAUUUAGAUUCUUUUUCAAAGGCCAAUGUUUAUAGAAUAGUAUUCAUAUCACUAGUGGACCUUGAAAACCUGAGUAGACCUUAUGUUACUUACUGUAGUUUUCCAUCCAUUGAAAUAAUCAGUGUAUUUUAAACAAAAACAAAUUGCUAUUCUAAUUUUUAGCUAGUUUGCAUAUGCCAAUGGCCAUUUUUUCUCUUAAUGUUUUAUUCUAUGAGAAUGUCAUAUAUGUUCACAAUUCAUUUUGGUCAUAGCUAUCCAUCAAUCCCUCCCUCCGACUCCCCUGAGGAAACUUUUCCCAACACAGCUCCUUCUCAGUUUCAUAUCUCUGUUUUAUAAAACCAACUAAAUUCAGUUAGCACUUCCUAUAUAUGAAGAGGUAUGAGGUGAUGGGUAUGGGCAGUCUACUAAUCCUCCCAGCACCAAGAAGAGUAACUUUCCCUCCCUUAAUAGCCAUCACCUGAGAAAAUGGGUUUUUAAAUUGAAAAAUUAAGUCCCAUCCAUGCUGAGACUUUUGACUGUCUUGUACUCAUGUUGUUCAGGUUAUACAGCUGCUAUGAGGUCACAUGUGCAGCAAGAGGUCACGUCCAGAGGUCAGCAUGUCACCUCACUCCUCCCCAUCCUCUGGUUAUUAAAUUCUUCUCUUUCUCUCCUCCACAAUCUGCCCUAAGCCUUGGGUGGCUGGGCCAGGACUGAAAACAGAUUUCUUUUACAGCUUAACACUUUCAAUCACUUAUUCCUAGCACCCCUUACCAUGAACAGUUACAUCUUUGUGAUAAGUGUUGCCCACCUCAAUGGGAAACUUCCCUGACCAAGGUUGAGAGCAGCACAAAUCUAUAGAUGUAAACAUGAAUAUUUAGUAGGAAUCACUUUGACAACAAAGAUUACUAGAAAAUCAACUCAAAUAGGUUCACCCUUAGAACUGACAAUUUCCCUAGCUAUGAUGAUCAUGUUUACAGGACCAGACUGAAUUCCUCCCUCUGGAACAGUCUUUCAAUUCAAUCAGAAGAGCAGUUGGUUACUCCUGUGGAACGUCUUACCAUUUUGCAUUCUUGGGCAUAUUUUCCCUGUCAAAUCAUAUUACAGCAUGCAAAGUUCAUAGCUGGGUAAGACCACUGAUACCUUUUAUCCCCAGGAAAAUUCUGCAUAGCAUGUUACAGUACUGUGAAACCUAGCCAGUAGUGAGAGGUUUUCAUGGUCAGUUCCAGAUUAAUUUUCUUUUGUCCUCAGACCUAGACGCAUGGUGUCUUCAGAAAAGAGUCUCUUACCCAUAGUUAUAGUGGGAAACCAAGAACUAUGACAAAAACCUGGAUUGUUUUGAGUGCCUCUGGUAUAUACCCAACCAGUAAUUCAACCAUGCAGGUUUGGUGUUAAGAUUCUCAUUUAACAAUCUCUGUCUUCUGGGAACAGUGGUUUUCUUCACCUAAAAAGGAUACUUCUCUUUGAACACCUUCAAGUAAAAUAUUUAUGUAUAGUGUGUGUGUGUGUGUGUGUGUGUGUGUGUGUGUGUGUGUGUAAAAGUUAAACAUCAAGGUUCAUAAGGCUUCUGCAUACAUGCUUAGUUUUGGUUAACCCAUUUUCUUUUUUUCUCUUUUCCCUGACCCUUGAUUUCCAUCUUGUAUUCAAGAAUAUAAUUUUAAAAUCUUUACUAUUCAUUAAUAUUUGUUAAAUUCUUGGAAAGCAAUAAUUAUUUCUACUAAUAUGGGGAGCUAAUCAAAGAAACAAUCUAUCAUUUUGAAUCUCUAAACUUCAUAUUUGGAGUUUAAGAUAUUUUCGUACAAAAAUUCUUUUGUUUAUUUGAUACAAAAAAAUUAUAUGAGGUGUGAGUCCUACCCUGGCAGCAUAAUAUUCAGGAACAAAAUAAAUAGAGCAGUGAAAUAUUUCAUUAAUUCAUUGAAUUUUAACAAGGCUAGUGGGGGCUGCUUAUAAUUCAGCAGUUAAUGCUGGAUAAAUCAGAUCCUUUUCUUAUCACUGCAUAACAGCACCGGAAAUAGUAACUGAUUUUAUCUAAUCAAAACCUUAAUAGUUAUCAAUUAUGGUUAUAAUUACAGACAGUAUGGUGAAAAGAAGAGGAGCCACAUAUAUGUAAUUCAUUAGUUCAAUUCAAAAGAAGCAUGCAGAGAAGAUGUGGAAAUCAAAUGUUCAUAUUCUAAAUGCAUUCAUUGAUUUAAAAUAUAACUCAAAGGGAGAAAGCACAGAUUGUGUCCUUACAUUAAAACAAAUAAACUGGGCGGUGGUGACGCAUGCCUUUAAUCCCAGCACUUGGGAGACAGAGGCAGGCGGAUUUCUGAGUUUGAGGCCAGCCUGGUCUACAAAGUGAGUUCCAGGACAGCCAGGGCUAUACAGAGAAACCCUGUCUCAGGAAAAACAAAAAAAACAAAAAAAACCAACAACAACAACAACAAAAACAAAAACAAAAAACAUUAAAACAAAUAAUUUUCAAAUGACUCAUAUGAGAACAGCAUGGAUAGAAACAAUACAGUGCACAGCCAGUAAAUAAACAGUGUUGCUUUUCAGAGCAUUCUAGCUUCAUUUACUAGGAAACACUGAGUUUUAUUCAAUCUUCUAGAGGCUAAAAAUACACACACACACACACACACACACACACACACACACACACACACAUAUA